GUGGAAUUUUGCCGAAAAAUCAGAAGAAAUGACCGAAAGUCCAAAAGUUGAAAUUUUAUUGAAAGCAGUCGGUGAUGCGCCAAUAUUGAAGCAAAAUAAAUGGACGGUUGAUGAAAAGAAGACGGUAGCGGAAUUAAGCAUUUUUUUGCGAAAUUAUAUGAAGCUUAAUGACAGUGAUUCUUUGUUGCUUUUCAUCAAUCAGUGUUUUGCGCCAUCACCAGAUCAAACAGUGCGGAAUUUAAAGGAAUGUUUUGCACCCGGUGAUUCAAAAUUAGUCAUUAAUUAUAGCAAGACUCAAGCAUGGGAUUGUGAUGAUUGUUUUAGCGGAACCAAUGGAAAAAUCCUGCGCGAAUGUUUUUCCUAUUUGACGAAUGGGGGGUUAUGGUUUGGUGCCAUGUUGCUGAAACGGAGCGGACAGCUGCUUUCUCGUCUGUUCUCAUUCGGCAUAAAUAUGUAUUUAUUGCGACGAAUUGAUAGCGAUGUUUUAGGCCUUGUCAAUAUCAAUUUAAUGUUAUUUUACUCAACAACGAUUUUUCUGGUACGUGAACCAUUUCGGAAAGUAUUUCUUGCAAAUGAAAUACCAUUGUCGGUUGUCAUUACACAUUUAUGGCUUGCGCCGUUAGUUUGUCCUUUGAUAGCCGUUUUACUAUAUCUGUGUUUUUGGCUACCUUUUUCUACUGUACCAGAUGCUUCAUUGGUACCAUCAUAUGCUGUAGCAUUAUCAGUUUUUGCAUUUUCUGCUUGGUUAGAAUCGUUCGCUGAACCUUAUGUCAUAUUAUCAUUACGAUUUGGCAUGGACGCUCAAUAUGCAUUUGCCCAAGGUUUUCUGGUUAUAAUGCAGCGAGUUUUUGUGCUCAUUCUAAUUAUUAUGGUACCAAUGUUACCCGUUCAUGCAUUCUGCUGUGGACAGGUUCUAUCAUCUUUCUGUUAUACAUUAUUAUGUAUAUAUCUGUUAGUUUCUGGCAUUCGGUCUGUCGCACCAUCUGUCAGUGGUUUCACCGUGAUGUCACUUUAUCCAAGUUUUCCAAAAGCUUUCUCAAAAGAGAAUCGUUCUCUAUUGGGAGCUUUUCUUAUUCAUUCCAUUUUUAAGCAAGUGAUUACAAAUGGUACAGGCUAUGUGCUUGCAUUCACGAAUUUUUUUUCUUUAUCUGAUCAAGCGGUUUUUGAUGCAGUCGACAAAUUGGGUAGUUUGGUCGCACGCAUCAUUUUCGCACCACUUGAGCAUUCUGCUUAUCUGUAUUUUUCCACUUGUCUUCGAAGGGCGGCUUCAGCAAAACAUCGAAUUGAGAAUGAUAUGAAAAAAGGAAUUAAUGCAAUGAAUGGUCUUCUCCAUAUUGUUAUUGUAAUUGGUACUGUAAUAUUUGUUUUUGCAAUACCCUACUCUCCCCUUGCUGUUAAAAUAUAUGGUGGCGCUUUAUUAAUCAAUAAUGCAGGUGCAAAUAUUCUGAGAUUUUACUGUUUCUAUAUAAUUGUCAUUGCAAUCAAUGGUAUCACUGAGUGCUUUGCUAUGGCAACAAUGAACGAAGAAGAGCUUCUUGCACAUGGCUGGUGCAUAUGGUUUGAUAUUGGCGAAUAUAAUCAGUAUGCUAAUGCGGAUAGCCUACAGAUUUUCGGUGGAGUUGGUGGUAUAAUGCACAAUGCUGCACAUAUAGCCGUUGGAUGUGCUUUAUUCAUUUUUGUUAUCAAUCACAUAUAUCAAAAUGAUUUGUAUGUUGCCAAAUUUCUAGGUGAUCAGUCAUUAGGAGGUUACUAUGACUAG